UGGAUCUCUCUCUCUCUCUCUCUCUCUCUAUCCAAACCAAACACGGGUAAUUUUUUCUCUCCUUCGAAUCGGAUAUCAGUUUCUCCCGUUUGAGAAGAAGCUCAAGCUUGAAGAUCUUGCUUUGAUUUGCUCAUUACAGAUCGAAAACAGUGGGGAGAUUUUAGCUGCGGGGUAAAAAUGCAUACGAGGUAUAUGGAGAGGACUAAUAGUAUGAGAGAAAAGAGAAAACUUGAGGAAGAUGAUAAUAAUAAUCAGCAGCAGCAGCCUGAGCGUAAAAGGCCAGCUCUUGCAAGUGUGAUUGUGGAAGCCCUGAAGAUGGAUAGUUUACAGAGGCUUUGCUCUUCUUUGGAACCUAUUCUUCGCCGAGUUGUGAGCGAAGAGGUGGAGCGAGCAUUGGCGAAACUAGGCCCUGCAAGUGUUAGUGAGAGGUCCUCUCCCAAACGAAUAGAAGGCAUUGGUGGAAGGAACUUGCAGCUGCAGUUCAGGUCUAGACUGUCUGUACCGUUGUUCACCGGAGGGAAGAUAGAAGGGGAGCAAGGUGCUGCCAUCCACGUUGUACUAUUAGACGCUGCAACGGGACGUGUAUUGACAGCAGGACCCGAAGCUUCUGCAAAGCUCGAUGUAGUUGUGCUCGACGGUGAUUUCAACAGCGAAGAUGAUCAAGGCUGGAGCGAAGAAGAGUUUGAAAGUCAUUUGGUGAAAGAGCGUCAAGGAAAGAGACCUCUUCUGACCGGUGACGUGCAGGUGACGUUGAAAGAAGGCGUGGGGACGUUAGGUGAACUCAUCUUUACAGAUAACUCGAGUUGGAUAAGGUGCAGAAAGUUCAGGCUGGGGUUAAAGGUCUCUUCUGGUUACUGUGAGGGGAUGCGUGUACGCGAGGCGAAGACAGAAGCUUUUACAGUCAAGGACCAUCGUGGAGAGUUGUACAAGAAACACUAUCCACCUGCAUUGGAUGAUGAGGUAUGGAGGUUGGAGAAGAUUGGAAAGGACGGAGCAUUCCAUAAGAAACUGAACAAAGCUGGGAUCUACAAUGUUAAAGAGUUCCUGCGUCUUAUGGUCAAGGAUUCUCAGAAGCUAAGGACCAUUCUUGGGAGUGGAAUGUCAAAUAGGAUGUGGGAGACACUUGCAGAGCAUUCCAAGACAUGCGUCUUGAGUGAAAUGCUUUACGUCUACUAUCCUGAGGACUCGGUUGGUGUUGUUUUCAACAAUAUUUACGAGUUUAGUGGUCUUAUCUCAGGGAAGCAGUAUUAUCCUGCUGAUUCUCUUUCUGACAACCAAAAGGUUUAUGUGGAUGGAUUGGUGAGGAAAGCAUAUGAAAACUGGGAUCAAGUUAUUGAGUAUGACAGCAAGUCACUUAUGAACUUCAAUCAAGUUAACAAAGUGGAUGCUUUAGAUUACUCUAUGCCUGUUUCUGUUCCAAGCCAACCCUCUACAUCUUAUUCUGGUGAAGCAUCAGUGUACAGCCAGAGUCAGGGUUCAACCUACCCAGCUCAGUCUCAGCUAGCAGAUACUACUUCUUACAUGCACUUUGGAAACAGUUCAUAUGCACCACCACCGCAAGACCAGCUGGUUAACAACGCUCAUGAAUCACAAAGCAUGAUGAUCAAUAAUAGCAAUGGCGGUGCUGCGAGACUGGCGUUGGGUGCAGCACCAGCAGGAUCACAAAGCCAACACUUGGUUCAGCCUCCUCCCGAGGUUAACCCUUUUAGUGACUGGUCAAACGCAGGGAGCAGCAGAGGGGGUGAUGGGUUUUUAUCAGAGGAGGAGAUAAGGGCAAGAAGUAAUGAAAUGCUGGAGAACGAUGAUAUGCAGCAGCUGUUGAGACUCUUUAGCAUGAGUGGCGGUGGUGGUGGUGGCCCGCAAACUCCAAUGAACAUGGGGGAAGAUGGGUUUGGGUUCCACUCUUUUGGUCAGUCUUCAGUGGCUGGUUAUGAAGAAGAAGACCGGUCGCAGUCGGGUAAGCCUGUUGUUGGUUGGCUGAAGAUCAAAGCAGCUAUGAGAUGGGGCUUCUUCAUCAGAAGGAAAGCUGCUCAGAGACGUGCGCAGAUUGUUGAACUCGAUGACUGACGAAUAAGGUUCCUGGAAAGAAACAUAACCGGCUGAGAGUUAGUUUCUGAUAUGGUUGAUAACAGUUUCCCAGAAGAAGGAAAAGUCUUUUGUGUUGGUUUCUUCUUCUUGUGGAGCUUCUUCAUUUGUACAGUAUGAUAUUCUUCUUGGUUUGUGCUUUAUAUGUAAUCUCUACGUGACCAGUGUUUUCAAGAAACUAAAAAACAUGUUGUAGUUCUGUUGUUUCUUCUCUCUGUUGUGUGUUAUUGUGAUACUUGCUUGUCAUGUUAUUUUGAGUUUAA